AUGCCCGAACAAUUGAUACCGAUAGACCCACCCCCAUCGUAUGAAGAUGCACGCAAAUCCCCUGCCCCAGACGGCAAGGGUACACCGCCGAUUAGCAAAAGACCGCCUCCGGGACCUCCUCCUCCAUUGAACUUGCCCGCCUUGAACGAACUGCGGAGAAGCAGAGUUGUCUUAGCAUCUGCCUCGCCGCGGAGAAGGCAGUUGCUCGCACAGAUCGGCCUAACAAACAUCGACAUCUGUCCGUCCAAAUUCGCCGAAAACCUCUCGCAUGACCUCGGCGCACUAAACUACGUGCUCGAGACGGCCUCGGCCAAGGCGCGCGAUGUGUACAUGGUGGAAAUCGACAACAAGGAACGCGGCGAGCCGGCGAUUGUGAUUGCCGCCGACACGAUUAUCGUGUCCCACGACGGAAUGAUUUUGGAGAAGCCGCGGAGCGAGGGGGCGCAUGUGGCGAUGCUCAAGAUGCUGAGGGAUCAGGGGCAGCACAAGGUUAUGACUGCGAUUGCGGUGAUGAGGCCGUUGGAGACUGCGGUUGCGCCGGGGUAUAGGAUGGAGACGCAUGUGGAGGAGACGAGUGUUGUUUUUGAUAAGCAGGUAUCCGACGACCUCAUACACGCAUACGUCAAGACGCGCGACGGCAACGACAAGGCGGGCGGCUAUGGGAUUCAAACCGCAGGCUCGGUGCUGAUUGAGCGGAUAGACGGGUCGUAUGAUAAUGUGGUUGGGUUGCCGCUGCGUUCGUUGCUGAAGCUGAUUGAGAAGGUCAUGGAGCCGGAGGAGGAGGAUGGCGGCGAUGAUUUGUUUGUGGAUGGGGUGGAGGAGCAGGAUUAG